CCGAGUAUCGAUUAAUCUAUUGGGCAUUAGCUGCUGUAUCAAAUAAUUUUAUAGUUCUUCUUUUUCCGCAUUCGUUUGUCGUCAUUCGUCGAUACCUAUCGAAGUUUAAUGUCGUGGUCUUGUUGAUACUUGUUGUGUCUUUAAGUUUUAACUACAAAUAUUGCGGUAUCAUAUUAUAACGUAUUACUUCGAAAUGGAUACAUUUGUAACAUCUUUUCGUUCACUUAAAAGACAACACGAGGACAAUGAAUUUGAAACCGACAAUCCUGGACCGUCUGAACGCGAUAUUCGAGAUAAUAUUAUAUCGUCUAAAAUUAAUGCAACAACUGAUGAAAAAGAAAAUUAUCUAUUAUAGAUGGUAAUUUUUUUAAGAAGAUUUCAAACACCGUAUCAAAAAUGUCAGUUACUUGUUUAAAUUGCACUAAAAAGAUAAUUGCGUACUCAUGUUCUACCGGGAACUUAUUGAGUCACUUUAAACAUGAGCAUCCGGGUUUGAUGACUGAAUUAAAGGCAUAUAAAAUAGAGAAAUCUACAUCUAACUGUGUGUCAAAACAGUCAAAACCAAUACAAACACAAUUAUCAAUAUGUCGUUCUACUGAAAACUCAGGAUUCAAGAGGAAAUGUUCAAAAGAAAAGGUUACUGAAUUGGUUUUCAACUAUAUUGUAGAAGAGAUUAAGCCGAUAUCAACAUGUGAAAAACCUUCGUUUCGAGCACUUAUAUAAUGUAUUUCUAAAGUUAUGAAUAGUUAUAAAAUUAAUGUCAUAAAAAUAACACAUACAGUUACUGACAAUGCCAGUAAUUUUGGUAAUGCCUUUCGUGUUUAUGCACAACAAUUUGCCUGAAACAAUUUCUAAAAAUAACGUCACUUUAGAUGCUCAAAAUAUUAAUAUAUUGAUGGA